AUGUGGCCCCUGUGGCUCUGCUGGGCACUCUGGGCGCUGUCCCUGGCUGGCCCCGGGAUGGCCCUGACCGAGGGGCAGGUCCUGGGCAGUCUGCUGCAGCAGCUGCACCUCAGCCAGGCGCCCAUCCUGGACAAGGCCGACGUGGGGGAACUGGCCAUCCCCGCCCACGUGAGGGCCCAGUACGUGGCCCUGCUGCAGCGCAGCCACGGGGACCGCUCCCGUGGGAAGAGGUUCAGCCAGAACUUCCGAGAGGUGGCCAGCAGGUUCCUGGUGUCCGAGGCCGACACGCACCUGCUGGUGUUCAGCAUGGAGCAGCGGCUGCCGCCCAACAGCGAGCUGCACACCCAGCUGGGCCUGAGACCCUCCUGGAGCCCCCUUGGGGACACGUCGCUGUGCUUCACCCUCCUCCCGAGCAUCUCCAUGUGGCCCCUGUGGCUCUGCUGGGCACUCUGGGCGCUGUCCCUGGCUGGCCCCGGGAUGGCCCUGACCGAGGGGCAGGUCCUGGGCAGUCUGCUGCAGCAGCUGCACCUCAGCCAGGCGCCCAUCCUGGACAAGGCCGACUCCCUGUCCCCACCGCUCCCGCUCCCUCACGCGGGGCUCUGUCGCAGGCUGGUGUCCCUGCACGACAGCGGCUGGAAGGCCUUCGACGUGACUGAGGCCGUGAACUUCUGGCAGCAGCUGAGCCGGCCCCGACAGCCGCUGCUGCUGCAAGUGUCGGUGCAGCGGGAGCAGCUGGGCCCGCGGGCCUCGGGCGCCCACAGGCUGGUCCGCUUCGCCGCGCAGGGGGCACCGGGAGCCGGGCACGGGGAGCCGCAGCUGGAGCUGCACACCCUGGACCUCACCCGCUACGGAGCUCAGGGCAAUUGUGACCCUGAGGCACCAGUGACCGAGGGGACCCGCUGCUGUCGCCAGGAGACGUACAUUGACCUGCAGGGGCUGGAGUGGGCACAGAACUGGGUCCUGGAGCCCCCGGGCUUCCUGGCCUAUGAGUGUGUGGGCAGCUGCCUGCAGCCCCCGGAGCCCCUGACCCUCAGGUGGCCGUUUCUGGGCCCGCGGCAGUGCAUCGCCUCGGAGAUGGCCCCGCUGCCCGUGAUCAUCAGCGUCAAGGAAGGAGGCAGGACCAGGGCCCGGGUGGUCAGUCUGCCCGACAUGAGGGUGCAGAAGUGCAGCUGUGCCUCAGACGGGGCGCUCAUGCCAAGGAGGCUCGAGCCGUAG